CCCCUCCUACUUUUUAAAGCUCAGCUGGAGGAAGAUAAGUGAGCCCUACAAGAGAGAAGCAGGCUCAUUUUAGUCAUUGGCGUCCAGAGGAAACAUGGUUGGUUUCCCAGCAUGCUUCAUCCGCCUCUCCCUCCUUUGCCAACUGACAGGGUCAGCAGCCUCUGGGGCCCUGAAGGAGCUGUUUGGUGCCCUUGGCGGGUCUGUAACAUUCCCUCUGGAGCUCCCAGAACAGCCGGUUGACAGCAUUGUCUGGACCUUCAACUCAGCUCUUGCCAUCAUACAGCCAGCAGGGGCGAACGAGUCAGCUAACGUCAUAGUGAUCCAAAGCCGCAACAAGGACAGGGUGAGCUUCCUGGACAGAAACUACUCCCUGUCUCUCAGCCAACUGAGGAAGAAUGACUCAGGUGCCUACCGUGUGGAGAUACACAGCUUAUUCCAGAUCUUCACCCAGAAAUACGUGCUGCGUGUCUAUGAGCACCUACCAAAGCCUCAAAUCAACGUGGGUCUGCAGACCAAUGAGAACGGUACCUGUAUGACAAAUCUGUCUUGCUCCAUGGAACAGGAAGGAGAGGAUGUGAUUUACAGCUGGAAUUCCCUGGGGCAGACAGCCAAUGAGUACCAUGAGGGCUCUAUCCUCCCCAUCACCUGGAGGCCAGAAGAAGGCAAUGUGACCUUCAUCUGCAUGGUCAGGAACCCCAUCAGCUGCAACCUGUCAAACCCCAUCUCUGCCUGGAAGCUCUGUGAAGGUGCUGCUGGUGGCAAAGAUACCUCUGUGGUCUUCCUGUACCUCCUGUCGUCAUUCUUCCUGCUCAGUCUCCUUGUACUGGGGCUAGUGAUUUCAAUAAUAAAGAGAGAACGGAGAAAAGUUUCAGAAAUCAUUGAAGAGAAGAAGGGAAUGGACAAUCAUCAGGAAAUUCCUAAGUUCUACCCGCUUUCUGGAGAGAACACAGAGGAUUACACAAUCCCUCACCCUAAUAAAACUGUAUCGGAAGAUCCAGUAAAUACGAUCUAUUCCAUUGUGCAGACACCUAAAAAGGUGGAGAAACCACACUCGCCAUCCAGGACUUCAGACACCCCAGGCCUAUUUAUCUAUGAGCAGAUCAUCUAAACAGGCAUGCAUUCUGCUUACAUCUGGCCCCAAAGAAAACGAACAAGAGAAUUCACUGACUUAAUCAGAAACAUCAAGGAAGAAUGAGGACCAUUGAUUUCCUUCCAGAAUAAAGCAGACUCAGGAUUCCAGGGACCAUCCUUUAUGCUCCUUCUCAUUCAAGAGUUCAUAAUUCUACCCACUGCCAAGAAAUCUCCAUAAACCCAGAAGGAAUAACUCCCCUUUCUGGAAAUAUUAUGGUGAAUAGAUCAGCCAACCCCAAGAAAGAUGCUUAGAAGUGUCUCUGUUGAAGUGUAAAUGCAGCAUCACACACAUUAAUGUCUGCCCCUGUCUAAUAUGCGGCCUGGAGUCAGUUCAGCCCUGAGGCCAAGGGUCUGUUGCCAAGAGGCCAAGAAGGUCGGAACAGAUAGACUCGUCCAGCAGAAGGAGACAUAGCAGCCAGAAAUGGAUUUAUUAAUUGAUUCAAAAAAUCUUUAUUGAGUGUCAACUAUGCAUCUGGCACUGUGCUGAGCUUUUGCUGAUUGGUCGGGCUUUGCUUUCUGUUUCUCAUGAAACAGACCCCUCCUGAACUACUUCCAUGAGCAGCCAGAGCAGGCCUGGCCACAGAUUCCCAACAUCCAGAGGGUCAGGCAUGGAUCCGCAGGCUUUGGGGGUCAAAGCACACAGGUUUGUCCGGCACCAUCAACAGAGACUCAGAAGUGUGCAUGGCCCAAGGCCGGGGACCACUGCCCCCAGCCUCAGUUACACUCUCGGGCUACAGACAAGAAGCAUGGGCCCUAAGGCCUGUGCAGGAGUCCAUCUCAUGGGGAAACUGAGCCUGAGCCCCUCAGUGGGGAAAGCACAAGCUGAAUCUAGGAUUGGAGACCUGGAGUUGGGGAGGGAGGCUUCCUUGCAAAAGUUUAAAGUCGUUUAUUUAAUUCAACAAAUAUUUAUUGAGAACCUCUGCUAUGUCAGUCUGGUAAAUAAGACAGACAUGAUCCCUGUUCCUGUAGAGCUCAUCCUCUUUGUAAAGAAGUGAAACGCAGGGGGAGGGGAGGCUGGGGCUUGCUUUUGCUGUAUUCCCUUAAAUGGAGAUAUUGGGAAGGGAUCGUAUGUCACAGCUCAGGGGUGCCAAGUAAGGUGGAGAAGUGUGUGUUAAAUUCUUUGAAAAGAGAAAAGAAACUGAAAAAAAUCUUCAUGUAUAAGAUGGCCAAGGUAAGAGGCAAUAAACCUUGCAGAGGAAACUACAAGGGAACAGCCUGAGGCUGGUGUGAGAGGACUUGAAGGUCGGAAGUAGGAGCUACUCCCCUGACUCAGAAGCCCCCAGAGGAGGGCUAGCCUGGCCUCCGUGGAGAACAGAGCAAGUGGGCCCUGUCUAAGGCACAGGGUCAGGGGGAGCCAUUCACGUCACGGAUACUGUAAAUGUGUAUAUUUAUUACCACAAUUUUCUGGGGGAAAAGUAAUAAAGUGUCUUAUUUUAAUAAAAUCA